GAGCCUAGCUGCACUGUGUGCAGCCAAAUGGCAAAUCCAUUGGCAGUCCAGCCCCUUACUCCUCUCUUCAAAUGUGACCUCCCCAGUGCUAGUUUCUCUCACAAAAGUCUCCAGCUUCACCAUGGGAACUGCUUUGAUUAAAAAAAAAAAAAAAAAAAUACAUUGAGAAGUGCAGGAAGGGCUGCUUUGGGGGUGUGUGGCUUUCUUGUGGUGUGGGUUUUCUGUUUCAAUUUACCUUCCUUCCUCUUGAUGCGUCACUUGUAGGAAGUUUGCUUUUCUUUUCUGUCUCGGUUGUAACUGAGCUGUUUUUCUCGUCAGACAAGUGAAGCUGGACACGACCGAAUUCUUAGAAAAGCCCCUCUUUGCUAUCGUGUGCUGAAACCUCAAAUUGAGAGGUAUGGAACGAGGCCAAAUGACUGAUGAUGGGAUGUGCAGUGUCAAAUGCGUUUCCAACUAUCAAGUUUUUAUUUAUCCUUUGUUAUUGCUGGCCUCUGAGCUCUGGAUGGAAAAAAAAAAUUUGUGAAACUGAAGUUAAAUCAAAGAUGGUGGUGGUCUUGUAUUUAUCAACUGUUGUGUGGGGAUUGCUGUGAGGCAAGGAGGCAUUGCCUUUCCUGGAAGCAGCUGCUCAGGGCUUGGUGAAACCCAAGCUUCUCUGGAACCAUGGUGGUGUGUGGACAGCCAGAAUCCUUCCUCUGUUUUGCUGGACUGGACAGCUCUUGUGCCCUUUCCUCACCCUUUUGCCUAGACUAGAUUACCCCAUAGCACUGGUGAGCUAUCCUUGAGGAUCACGUAGAAAUAACUGAGCAGUCAGCAGCACUCCUCUGUGCUUCCUCAUACAAUAAGAGUGCUUUAAAAGCACUUGGUGUACCUUGAUGUACCAACCGCGUCCUCUUCAGGGUGGGUGAUACUUGGCCUCGAACUGAAGCACCUUCUUGAUUUCUUUUGCUGCUAAGAUCUGUUUUGUACCUCAGGUGUCGGUAAUUGUGAGUAGGCUGCACGUUUAAAUUCCAAGCAGAUGUACGUAUUUCCUUGUCAGUGAUUUUAGGCGUGCAACUAAAUUCCUUUCAAACAGUUUUGUAUUCCCGACUAUCUAUUGAUUUUAAACCUGGGCAGGGCUUAAUAACCUAAGGAAUGAUUGUGUUUGGUUAAAAAAAAAUAAAAUAAAAUACCAGCAAUAAAGUUUUAAUGUACAGGCAACAUGCUAUGGGAAUAAUGCAUGUCCAAAUUAGAGCAGAGCUCUGUUUCAGCUAUGUGAUUUCAGGCCAUGUGGCUUGCAAUCCAUGUGGGAGAUGUGGCAGGUGCCAUAAGGGGCAGCUAAUGUAAGGUCAGGAAUGUUUCUCACUCAGUCUCUCAUGUUUCAAGACUGUCUUUGGAGGACCUCAUAGUAUUCAUGUAGUUCUGAAGAUAUUCUUCAGAAUCAGUAUUUAAGAAACCCACAUUAUAAUGUCAUGAGCUUUGUAGCUUCACUUUCCUGAAGGCUCCUUACUGUUCCUGAGAAAUGCUGCCUCUGGGCUGGAGAGUACAGGAGCUCGCAUGAAUUCCUCUGGUGUGAUGGGGAGAGAAAGCAUUGCCCACAGUGCAAACUUCUUCAGUGUCUGAUUAACUGGACGUACAGUGAGAGACAUCAGCCUAAGAGUCCUGUUGUGCUGCUUAGUGGAUAUUGAUGUUAGCACUCAUGACUCCUGUCAAUAAAAUAUUUCUGUCCUAGGAUCACUGCUGGUGCAUGUCAGUUGAGGAGCAACUUUCCAUAUUCUCAUUACUGUUGCCAAACAGUACCAAACAUUUCAUCUGUGCCUUGCUCUAAACUUUCCAACCGACCACAUUGUGCUUCAACCGCUGGAAAGGCUCAUUGGGAGGAGCCUCCUAGGCUGCUUGUGCUCUUGCAGCUGUGCAUUUGCUUCUGGCAGUAGGAUGGAACUGAACCACAGCUUCCUCUUGCUGUGCUUGCUGCUUUUAAUUAUUUAUAAUCACUUUUUUAUUUUCUUUUUCAGAAAAGCUCCUAAAGUCAUGUUCUCAUUUGCUUAAUGUUACCCUUUCAUGUGGGCUCUUGAGUAAUUUUUAGCUUCCUAUUUCACUUUUAUUAAUAUCACGCUGACUAACCUGAUUUCUUUGAAAUAAAGGCUCUCCUAAGUUGUUUGUGCUCUACAGAGACGACGCUUUCUCAUGAAGGUGGCUUAUAAAGCUUGCCAAAUCACUGAGGCGUUGUGGAUACUUCAGAGGAGGGCCUGGUCCGUCUUGUGGUAUGUUUUGUGCUGUAAAAUGCCAUAAAAGCAGCAUGCAUAUUGAGCAGCGAGGGCUGUAUCCUUUCUCCCCAGCACGUGCUCAGUGUGUGAUUGUUCCCAAGCCUCCUGUGGCUCAGAGCUUGCCCAAGCAUCUGUCCUUCUCUCUGCUUCCUACAGAUCGGGUGGUGAAAGCAAUGUGCUCUCAGGAUUCCCACUGGAGUGCAGUGUUCCUUCAGGCUGCUGCUAUUCUCGAGAUUCGGGCAUGUAGAGAGGAGUGUCCAACUGCUGUUCUAUCUAAGAUUUUUUUUUCCCCUUUAAACUAAUCUUAAAAUUAGAUGCCCUGCUUUAGAAACAAACAAACAAAAACCAAUUCAGUUUCCAACCAAGUGGUUAUUGAAUAGAAUUGGCCUCCUGGCUCUCAUUGUGGAUUUCUGGAGUCUUUGAGUUAUAUUGUGCCAACCUUAUUUGUUAUAUUGCUUAAAACAAAACCAGAUUAGAACAGCCAUGAGGAAGUUGCUUUUGCAUUAAAGCAUAUCUCUGUAAAUAAGCUGUUGACUUUGGCAGCAGCCUGUAUAACAAGAAAUCUGGCUGCUUAAUUAUGGAAACCAAGGGUCUCAUCUCUUAGGAUAUAAAUGUAGUACAUCUGUAGAGGUGAUGGCAGGCAGGGAGCCCUGAGCAGGAUGCUUGUGGGAGUUCAGUGGAUCUGUUUGAGCUUCUGGAGCUCUGCUACAACCUCAGUGUGCUGAGGUGGUUGUACAGACAAACCACAACACUCAGCCAGCAGGCCAGGCGCUCACCUUGAGGAGCCUGUCAGAGCACAGAGAGCUGUUGUUUCCUGUUGCAAAAAGCUGUCAAAGCUGUCACACACAGGAAAAUUUGGAACACUUUUGUGAUCCCUUCAUGCAAGCCCAGGGGCACCAAAUAUUUAAGUAACACAAGUGUUUCCAUCAGAGAAGGGAUAAUCACAAACAUAUGCAUCAUAUAAAGGUAUUGCUCAGCCAUGUUUGCUGAAAUAAGACAUUUUGUUUAUAUGCAUUAAGCAUCAGAGUGGAAAUGCAGUUUCUUUUAAAUAUGUGAACUCCUUUAGCUGUGGUGGGGAGAGAACUGAAGUGUAAGGUGGCUUCUGCUUUUGCCGGUGUGCAGCGUGAGAUGGGAUGGAACAGCUUAACAUGCUUCACUUUGGUGCAAAUGUUCCACUGCUUUUGGAACAAAGCGUAGAGCUCUGACCACAAAGUGCUGUGGGUAGGCAGCCAUCAAGCAGCGUGUCUUAUCUUGUGGAAACCCUGAGUGUCAAACAGCAUCAGGUGUUGCUAAAGAAAAACUUUCUGGGGUUUGGAUCGGCUUGAGAAGAUCUAAUGUUUCCAGACCUUUUUCAGAUAAAAAUGGGUUAGCUUAGGAAUGGAUAGGAAAAAUCUUUUCCUAUCUUUUUUAUGCAUCUUUUUUAUGCAUCUCUUCCCCAAUUUGAAAAAUAAUAAAAGGGGCCCCAGCACAAGAAAGAUGUGAAGCUGGUGGAGUGGGUCUAGGGGAGGUCAUGAAGAUGCUCAGGGAGCUGGGAGCACCUCUUCUGUGAAGAAAGGUUGAGGGAAUUGGGCUUGUUGAGCUUGGAGAAGAGAAGGCUGUGGGGAAAGCCCACUGCAGCCUUCCAUGCUUGAGUGGAGCCUACAAGUGGGAGGGGUACCAACUUUACAUGGGCAGAUAAUGAUAGGACAAGGAGCAAGGAUUUUAAAGUAGAAGAGGAAAUUUAGAUGAGAGGUUAGAGGAGUGUUUUUCACUCAAAAGUGAAGCACUGGCACUGCCACCCAGAGAUGGAGGUGCCCCAGGCCAUGGAUGGGCCCGGGGCAGCCUGAACUGGGGGCGGCCAGGCCGUGGCAGGGGUGGAGCUCAGUGAUCUUUAAUGUCCACUCCAACCCAACCAUUCUGUGUUUCUUUGAUGUGACUCCUUAGGACAUAAAAAUGGAAGAUAAAUGCUGGCUGUCUUGAAACUAGUUUUUUCUUUGCUAGAUGUGUGCUGGGUAGAGAGCCUGCAUCCUACUGGGUCCUCUGCAGUCUCACAGCAAAGAAGAAACUCUAUGACUCUUAUUAAAUAUAACUUGAAACAGCUGGGGAACAUCUCUUAUAAGUUGUAACACGGCACGAUUACUGCUGACUUGAGGGUUGCAUGCGCUGCCCAGGGGGCUACGGCACAGGCAUGGUCAGUGUUUGACAACCAGCUGGUGUUUCCCACUGCUGAGGCUGGCUGUGUGCUGGCAGCGUGGGGCAGGGCGUGGAUCCCACCUGAAGGGUUUGUGAAUGCACUUACUGACUGUCUGGGGAUAACGGGAAAUCAGCAUCUGCGUGUUUGCUGUGGUCUUCCUUGCAACCUCUGAGCAGCCACAGCAGCUGUUCCAUUUUCUCAUAACUAGGCUGUUGCAUACAAUUAGAUCACCUGCGUCUUUGUUUCCCGUAUGUUCAAGCAAUCGAUCCCAUUACCUCACAGCCCUGUACUUAAUUUCCUAGCUUUCAUUACAGACGCAAUCAAAAGAAAUGGAAUCUUUGCUGCUUUCAAUUCUCGGCUGCAAUGGCUCUUUGUGCUGCUGGAUUCUGUCCUACCUCGGAAGGUCUCUGCAGAGCUCAGUGCCCCUUCUGCUGAUCCCGGCCCAUUGGGAGCAGGGUGUAGUUUGCAUGUGCUUAAUGAACAAGAGAGAGAAAAAUGUCUUGCUCUCUGGAAAAGGGCUGUGCUAAGCAUUGCGAUGCCAUAGAGCUGGGGGUUUGAAUGGGGUCAGAAAUGGGGUUUGAAUGCUGCUCUCUUGUGAAUGUGAACAGCUCUCUAGGGAGCUGUUGGUACCAACACACAUCUCAACAUGUGCCUCGUGUUUCUAGUGAAGAGUUGACUGUAGAGGGAAGUGGAAAGCAUCACCCUUGGCUGGAAAACUGAACUGUUAAAAAAAAAACGUAAUAAAGAAACAACACUGAGAUGUCGGCGCUCACCGCAGCGUUGUGUAACCCAAGGAUGCUGUGAGCUGCUGCUGUCUCCAUGGGCUGUCCUGGGGCAGCAGGGUCAAAUGAGGAGAGUGCAGUGGGAUCCACCGUUCUUGUGCCUUACCAUAUGGAGGAGGCAGCUGGGAGCACUGUGGAGCUGUGUAGGAUCCUCAGUUGCGUCCCUGCCAUUCUGCUCUCAGAUAAACCAAAGGGGAUGCUUCUGCUGUCUGUCAGUUAUUGUCACUCCUUUCUGAGCCUCUCUGAAGCUGAAUUUAAACUUGUAACAUGCAUUCUGAGGCUGUCUGCAUCUCCCCAUGUAUUAGCCUGGUGCUAUCUGUGAGCUUGAGCUCCUGGGCCCUCAUGCUUUCCCUGCUGCAAAAAAAAAAAACCCCAGAAGCCUUCUCUUGGGUGGUGCUCUCAGUUUCUCUUUCUGAGGUACCCAUUAGUGAGCAUGAACGGUGUGCAUCCAUUUUGCCAUGUGUGGCUGGUACUUACCAGUAUUGCUCUGACUCUGGUUGCCAGGCCUAGCCUGGGACAGCAAGAGGUUGUCACCUCUGCAGUUAACGCUUCAAACAAACACAACCCUACCUUUGAAUGCCGUCUUUUUGUUCGUUUUCUUAACUACAUCUUCAGUUGCUAUUGGGUGUAAUUUAUGCUGCCCCGUGGGCUUUCAAGAGUUGCUUUUUAGCAUUUCUACUAGUCAUUAUUGUAACAGGAAAUAUCAUCUUCAAAUACAUAUUUUACUAUGUCCAGAGUCUAAUAAGUCUUCCUCCUACACAGCAUUUUUUUAAAUUGUUCUUUAAAUCCUUGCAUGCAAACUUGUACCUGUAUGUAUUUUUUAGCUGCUGGCUAAUUCUAAUUGCUGUCAGCACAAACUUCAGCCUGAUGAUGUGUGCAGUUAACAAGAGCUGCCACCUUUCCUCUGGGGAUAGUGAAAGGUGGAGGGAUCCUUCUAAGCAAGUUGUCUUUUUCUGCCUGUGUAACCAGGUCUUGUCUUUUGCUGUUCUUUGCUGACAAACGUGGUGAAAGAGGGGCUUAGGAGGCAGAGAGAGAAAUCUGAUGCUCUUUUUGCCCUUCUCCUGUCCUUUUAUCCUGCUCCACUAUUCCUGAUUCCUAUGUUGGGUGAGAUCAACUUUGCCGAAAUUUCAGUUCCUUGCUUUCUAUCAAAAGUCUUGCUGUGACGUGGGUGUCUGUCUGCAGCAAACAGUCCUGCCAUCACUUCAAAACCCUUGUUAGCCCUGUGUAUGGUUUGAGCAGUAGGAAGGCAGCAGAAAGCAGAGCCUGCGGGUGUCGUGAUGUGCCACGUGGAUGUGCUCCCACUUGGCUCUGCUUACCAGGUGACCUCUGAAGGUGGCUACAGGUGAAACAGAGAGUGUGACAGCAGGCAGCAAUGGCAGAGAGUGCCGGGGAGGGAGAAGUCUCUGAAAGUGUGCUCAGCACCGAGGUGGAUUCUUUGAUGGUAAAAUAACCCUCGUCUUUGGUUUGCCACAACGUGUGGUGUUAAAGGGCUCUUGAUCUGAAUAGAGAAGAUGCAGCAGGCAUGGCCGAAACAGGGCUUUCAUCAGCUUACCCACGAAUUACAAAAAUAUAUGUGCAUUUUGGUGAAAAUAGGAAGCAGUGGGUCAGUGACAAACACAUCUGUGACGUUUAAGGGAUCUUGCUCACGUGCCUACAAUCCCACCAAGAUGAGCUGUCCGCAUUGAAAUUAAUCAGUGUCAGAAAGGCAUAGAGGGCAGCCUGGAGGGGGAAGACAACUCAAACACCUGACCAUCCACCUGAGGGAAAGGUAGAGAUUGCCUGAUUUGAAGAGAGAGCUCAGUAGGGAGGAAGCUCUCAGCUUUGCCCCUUGCAUUGUUGAAGGGCCUCAGAGGGCAUUAAAGAAAUAGGAACUCCUGGCACCUGUGUCUGUUUUGCAGCAAGUCACAGGGGCGGUGUCCUCAGCGCUCUGAGAAGGAGUAUUGAGUAGGCUUGAACUGCUGGAGGUGCAUUUCAAUUGCUUUUAUUUUUUGUGUCAGAGCUAGAAGUACAAGACCCUAGAGGUUGCUGAAAUGGUUUGUGCUGUGGAUUCUCUUUUCAGCAAGGAGCUGCGGUGAGCGUUCUCAAAAAGCAGCGGGGUGUCUGGUGGUGCACAUCUGACUGAUUGGUGUGGUUGGAGGCACAACUCAGCCCUUGCUUUGGAGAAACCAGUGUGCACACAUUGUUAGAGCAUGCUAACCUUGAACUGCAGAUCUUGAUGUUCAAGAUCAAAACCUGUGUGUUGGGGCUGCUUUCUUCAGCCACAUAAGAGACAGAAAUUACGUUUGUUCUUGCACUAAGCAUUUCAUUUUUUAAACACUGCCCUCCUAUAAAUGCACUUCAUUAUGUCUGAAACAAAAGAGCAAAUAGCUAUGGACAGUCUUUUGUGUAAAGUUAUGGGAAAGUUAUGGGACAGCUCCUUGCCACUACUUAGCAAUCAGCAGCCAAUGAAGACUUAAAUUGAGAAAUGGAGAUGCUCUCUCUCCUCAUGAUUUGGCAGUGAGCCUUUAAAAGCACUGGUCCCUGCAGUGUGCCUGAACUCUGAAUCCUUCCUUGAAAGGCAAGGAAGUUCCACCAAGAUGAGUAGUGCAGUGUCUGAUCAGUCACCCAGCCAGGUGAGGUCCUACUGCAGCACUCGCCGUUGUUCAGAGAAGACUGAAAAGCAACAAGAAUUGCCUUCUCCAGCACUGCUGCAAGUUGGAAGAGGACAGCAGGCGGCAGUAAGUAAUUUGUCCUUUGCAAAACGAAGCAGUUCUUGAGUGCCUAUUGCUGUACUUGAUAUAAGUUCUUCAUAUUUCUGCUAAGGGGAAAACUCAGCUCUGUCUCUCAGCUCUCAUGCAGGAUGCCAGAAGCAGAAGAGUGUUAUUCCCCCUGCUUGUGGUGCAGGACACCGCAGUGGAAAAGCAGCUGCCUCUGCCUGAGUGGGCUGCUGGAAAGGGUGGCUGGCUGAUUACUCAGCCCCUGCCUGACAGCACCGUGCUGCUCUGUACACCUCCUUCCUGGGGCUGGUGCUGUGUGAGUGCAGCCUGCCACUAGGUCUGUACAGCUGCAUGUGCGUGCUGCUGCUGGGAGGAGCAGGCGGGUGCCGUGAACUUGCAGCCGAGGGCGGAAGCUUUUUGGGGUUUGCUGUUGCUGCUUGAGGCUUUCAUAGAGUUGCGGCAUCUGAGCUGGGAUGAUGCAGGCACACAGAAGCGGAGCUGGGUCUUCCCCCAGGGCUCAGUCUGGGCCAGUUUUUGGCUGCCACAUGGAAGAUCACACAAAGCACGUCCAGCCCAUCCCACUCCCAGCCAUGCAGCAGAACUUGAACUAUAUGUACCCCCAGAUCUUUUGGGUGGAUGGCUGUGCCGAUGCCAGUACCUCCUGCCAUCCAGCAUCCCCUGUUGCUCCCUUCCCUCCACCGGUACCCGAUCGGAGGAAAAAGCCAAAGAGCAACAGAGAAAGGAGCAGCAUCGGCUUCCUGGUGAUCUUCUUGCUGAUCCUGCUGGCCCUCACUGGAGUGGGGCUGAGCAUGUUUCAGAUUUUCCACCUGGAGAAGGAACUGGCUGAACUCAGAGAGUCUGUCAGCACUGAACACAUCCCUCCAGCCCUGGAGAAGCUCAUAGGGCAGGGGAGCAAGCCGGUGAAAAAGGAAGCAAGGAAGGCAGCACACUUAACAGGGAACCCCACGCAGCGGAACCUCCCAUUGGAGUGGGAACCCAUCUCUGGUCAUGCCUUUACCAGUGGCGUUCAGUACCGUGCCCAGGGCCUUGUGAUCAAUGAGACUGGUCUGUACUUUGUGUACUCCAAUGUGCUUUUCCGGGGAAGGCAUUGUGACAACGAGGUGCUGACACACGUUGUCUACAAGAGAAACCCAGCUUCACCAGGCAGCCACGUGCUGAUGGAGGACAAGCGCAUCAACUACUGUACAAAGGAGAAGAUGUGGGCCCGGAAAAGCUACCUGGGGGCUUUAUUCAAGCUCAGGGAGAGGGACAGUCUGUAUGUCAACGUUUCCAAAAUUGAUCUGGUUAACUUUGAGGAAUCCAAGACAUUCUUUGGGUUAUUUAAGCUUUAAGUGGUGCUGUUGAAAUGUGGCUGGCAGCACCCCACACACCGGGACAUGCAGGGCAUGACGGCCACUUGAGAGGCAACGGUCCUAUGUUGCCAAAACCAAAGCAGGGUCUCACUCUAGGAAACCCAUCAAGACACCACGUUUCAGCCUUCUGCAUGAGAAGGCUCAAGCAACAGGUAAAAGCUUGAAUCCAGACCUCUAGGAAGCACCUGGGCUGUCCUGUGGCUAUCUGAAGAGAAUCACGCAUUUUCUUCCUCUGAAUAAAACCACAGCCCUGAAACGUAGUGCAUCAAAGACCCUGUUGAAACUCACUACUUGCUCGAGAAGACUGCUACCUGAGAAAGUGCCAGGGCCUCAGCGGCACUGGCCCACACAUGCUGUUAUGCCCCCCGUCAGCUCAGGCCAUUUGGGGACAGCUGGCCUGUGUCCAAGAGGCCCUCAGUCUGAGCUGUGCUGUGCCACGCCAUCGGUGGUGAUGUAGGAGUGAGCUCAGGCUGCUUCCCCUGAGCAAUGGUCUGCCCAUCCCACCUGGACACUUGGCACUGUAAAUUGUCUGACAGGCACCCACCUACCAGUUGGCUUGUUAAGCAUGGUAGGUUUGUUUUGUGUUAAAUUAUUGACUCUUCCCUUCCCAGAAAAUAUCCCCACCCCUUUAUUUAACUCACCUUGCAAGGAAUGUGCUGGAAGUGGUGAUGUUGUGAGGGGUCCUGGCCCUGUGGUGAAAACAAGGUCUUGCUGAAUCCUCCCCAUCCUAUGGUGGUGGGUACAGCAUAAGGGGCCAGGUACCCUUCUCACUGAUAGGACCUGAGCAAACCAGCCCUAGCUGAGCAUGGGCUGCUCUCUCCUGGGCAAAACACAGAUGGUAAAUAAAGGUAUAUUUUUCUAGGAAA